AUGGCGAAAGCAGGGCUCGCAAUCGCGGUCGGCCUCAUAGUACUCAUGCUCUGCUGGAAAGCUAUUUCUGUCGCGUCUCGCUCUGCCUCAUCGCCCACCGUGGAGAAGAAGGAGAAACACAUGGGAAUCGAUGCCAAGCAGAACGAUGAUUCGAGUCCAGGUGUCCCGGAUCCCGACCCACUUCUCGAGUUUGACUUGGAGACCGCCACGGCCCGCAAUUUCGUUUAUGCGAACAAGACCAUGCGGUACCCAUACCACCAAGCAAGUGGCAUUUGCACAGGAGCGUAUACGAUGGCGCAUCAGCCCAUGCACAUCAACCAUUGGAUCGAGAUCGACAAGGAGUACAAGUGGUACAUUGACGAGAAAGCGCGGGUUAUCGCUGAACAAGGGAAGAAAGUAGUUGAUUCGCUCCCGGAAAACGACGAGGCCUGUGGAGAGCUGUUGGAGCUCCUCGCAGACUAUUUGCCUAAGCGUUAUCCCACGCUGUUCAUACGGGAGCAUCCCGACUCAAUUACGAACCUCGUGACCGAAGAGCGUUUCGACGCGGUAAGCCAGACAAAGGGCACAGCUGCGCUGCUCGUCAUAUCGCGCCUUGUUCAGGAUGACUUUUUGAUGGCUAGAGAACGCCCGGAUGGUAAAGUCUAUCUCGUGGGCGGGCUCAUCGGCUUCCCCGGCACGUAUCUUCUGUCAGAAACCAUCGACAAGCACCUCGAGGUGCUGCACCGCCCAGUACCGGACUUCAACGCGAAACUUCUGAUGAGCGUAGAGCGCACGCUGAAACGCUUCAAGCCCGACCAGUCGUUCGAGAGGUCCAGUUGGAACAUAAUGGACGACCGCAACCUAUUCCUGCACAAUAUUGCUUCGAACCUGCCGGACAAGGAUCUGCGCCCGGAGGACCUCUGGCUGCGGAUCGACCACCAAACGUUCCGCAAGCUGCCGCGGACGAACGCGAUCAUAUUCGGAGUGCGCCCAAUCAUGCGACGGAUCGAGGACCUAGCAGACAGCCCGUUGGUCCCGCUCCUCCUUGAGAAGGUACACACCGAUUCCGCGGAACAUUUGAUCACGUACAAGGGUAUGCCGAAGUACGGCCAUCUGCUGCUGCCCUACCUGCGCAAACUCACCCAGAGCCAAAUCGAGCGUGGGCUCAUCAGUGCUGAAGAUGACGUGCGUUCAUUUCGGGAGCUGCUCAAAGAGAAGGGUAUGCCGGUGCCUUCUACGCAAACGCCGAUGUCCGUACCGACCGAGUCCGAGCGGAGGAAGGCGGCGCGAAGCGCGGCGGAGGCGUGA